AAAGUCUCACAGGCUAGAGUUUGCGAGACGUGUAUAAACCAUACUGCUUCUGCAUAGAAGUAGUAGAACAUAUGUAAACCUCAUUUUUUUAGCUUUAGGUCACGUCUAAGACGAGAAUUCACAGUUGUAACAUUGUAGAUAAGUCAGAAAACAAGGUAAAGUGCCAUGGGCUCCCUAAAACCACACCGAUGUAUCGUGACGUCAUCCGAGCGCGCCACUAGGAGCUGAUCCACCGGCAGCAUGAGGCGGUGGUGUAGGAUUGGAGGGACUUUGUUGUUGGGAGCAGGACUCGGAGCCGCAGUCAGCCACCUGCUGAGCUCCCGAGGCGCGGAGGGGGAGAGAGCCGGUCUGCUGGGCAGAGUCCCGGUACCGAACGUCCAGGCCUCCGAGCUCACGGUGAAUCCAGGCGGGUCAGGAGCAGUGAUGAAGUAUGGCUUCCCCUCAUUGUCCAACAUCAAGACCAGAGAGUCCUACGUUACCUCCUAUGACCCCCGCACACGUACAGCAUCCUGGGUUAUCGAGAGGCUAAACCCCGCCUCCCUGAGCGGCCCAUCAGACAGGAAGUACUGUGACUUCAAAGAGGACAACAGUGUACACAUGUUCCACAGAUCGACAAAUAGAGGUCACAUGGCUGCAGCAGCCAAUCACAAAUGGAGCCAGAAAGCCAUGGAGGACACCUUCUACCUGAGCAAUGUCGCUCCACAGAACCCUCACCUGAACCAGAACUCCUGGAACAACCUUGAGAAACUGUGUCGCUCUCUGACCAAACAUUACCUCAAUGUCUACGUCUGCACUGGCCCACUCUACCUGCCCAGGCAGGAAGCUGAUGGGAAACUCUACGUUCGAUAUCAGGUUAUUGGACAAAACCAUGUUGCUGUGCCGACGCAUUUUUUCAAGGUGCUGAUCCUGGAACAGGGGGGUGGUAAGGGGGUGGAGCUUCGGUCCUAUGUUUUACCAAAUGAACCAAUCGAUGAGAAGAUUCCUUUGGAACGUUUCUUGGUUCCCAUAGAAACAAUCGAGCGAGCAUCUGGACUUCUGUUUGUCUCAAACAUCAUGAAGAGGACAAGCAGUUUGCAAGCCAUCACAGACAGAUAAACUACAGUACCCAGAAUCUUCUGGUGCUGAACAGCCAGAUGGUGUGUUCCACCUUCUGGGAAGCUGGAAUUUUUGAGUUCCCAGUUGGGAAAUUUCAAAUCAAGUCAAAUUUUAUUUGUACAGCGCCAAAUCACAAAAGUAAUCUCAGGACACUUUACAAAGGUCUAGACCUUACUGUUAUCACUAUUAUUAUUAUUCUUAGUUUUUCUUUGGAGCUUUGCCUCAGUUUGUUUUUUUUGCGCAGCAUUACAGCACUUCUCUUCCUACAAAUAAUUAUGUAACACAUUUCAGCAAUUGAUCAAGUACAGCUGUUGACAGUUUGAACAUUUAUCACUUGUGUAUGUCCCUGAUCAGAAUCGGCCAGCUGCUUCUCGAUUAAACUGUUCACAUCAUCACUGACAACAGUUUGUACAGCUGUUAAAACGCAUCGAGCCCUCAGCUCUGAAUUCCACAGAAUGACUUGUUAAUCCAUGUAUGAAGACCCCCUGAUCAAGAUGGCAGCUGUGAUCAAGAUGGCAGCUGUGACUGCAGAUGGAAAUAUGAAAAUUAUAAUUAACUGUUGAAAAUAUAUGGCUCAAACGGUGGAAAUGUAUGGACAACUUUAAUAUUUCUGUGUUUACUCUUAAUGUGUACAGUAGUUUUAGGAUGAACCGCCGAAUUUAUCUCAAAAAAAAAAAAAAGGUUCUUUUAUGG